GGUAGUUCUGAGGCUCUAGAAAACAGACCAGGAAAAUUCUCCAGACGUUAGCCUCUAGCGCUUCCUUAUUGUAAAUGGGGAGGGGGGACGCGGAGACCUAAAACGACAAGACACGAAACUGUCCACCAAGCAAAGAUCCUACGGCCCCAGGAUGCCGCCGGGCCCUCCGACAUUGCAGGCCCGGCCUCCACUUCCUCUGAGGUCAUCGCUCAGUCCAAUGUCAGGUUCACCCCAGCGUCUCCCGGCGGGUCGGGGCAGGCCUGACCCCUCGCGCGCCGCUUGCUGUCCCCGCGCCCCGGCUCCAGGCAUUUACCGCUGUGAGGAGACUCCCAGAGUCAAGCUCUUGAAGCUGAAGGAACGCAGAACAGAAGCUAGUUCCCAUCCCAGAUUUUAUCAAUGAAGAAACUCAGCCCGCAGAGUUAAAGUGACUUUGUUCAAGGUCACCCAGGAUCUCAGAGUACCGCCAGGCUUCAGUUCCAACUUAGAAGCCAAGGGAGGACGUCCCAGCUGCUCUGUUGUCCUUCAGGAGCCAGGACAAAUUCCGAGAAGUAGCAUUUCAGGAUCGAAAGGAAAGUGGAACAGAGUCCGCUGUGCUCCUUUUCCAGGCACUUUCGGAGGAGGGGCCAUGCUCACUUUCAUGGCCUCUGACAGCGAGGAAGAAGUGUGUGACGAGCGGACGUCCCUGAUGUCGGCCGAGAGCCCCACGCCUCGCUCCUGCCAGGAAGGCAGGCAGGGCCUGGAGGAUGGAGAGAGUGCUGCUCAGUGGAGAAGCCAGGACAGCGAGGAGGACCACGAGGAAGACCCUGACCGCUAUGUCUGCAGUGGGGUUCCUGGCCGGCCACCAGGCCUGGAGGAGGAGCUGACCCUCAAAUAUGGGGCAAAGCACGUGAUCAUGCUCUUUGUGCCUGUCACGCUGUGUAUGAUCGUGGUAGUGGCCACCAUCAAGUCCGUGCGCUUCUACACAGAGAAGAAUGGACAGCUCAUCUACACGCCGUUCACCGAGGACACGCCCUCCGUGGGCCAGCGCCUCCUCAACUCCGUGCUCAACACCCUCAUCAUGAUCAGCGUCAUUGUCGUCAUGACCAUCUUCCUGGUCGUGCUCUACAAGUACCGCUGCUACAAGUUCAUCCACGGCUGGCUGAUCACAUCCUCCCUGAUGCUGCUCUUCCUCUUCACCUACAUCUACCUCGGGGAAGUGCUCAAGACCUACAACGUGGCCAUGGACUACCCCACCCUGUUCCUGACCGUCUGGAACUUCGGGGCGGUGGGCAUGGUGUGCAUCCACUGGAAGGGCCCCCUGGUGCUGCAGCAGGCCUACCUCAUCAUGAUCAGCGCGCUCAUGGCCUUGGUGUUCAUCAAGUACCUCCCGGAGUGGUCCGCCUGGGUCAUCCUGGGCGCCAUCUCUGUGUACGAUCUCGUGGCUGUGCUGUGCCCCAAAGGGCCGCUGAGAAUGUUGGUAGAAACUGCCCAGGAGAGAAACGAGCCCAUAUUUCCUGCCCUGAUAUACUCAUCUGCCAUGGUGUGGACGGUAGGCAUGGCCAAGCUGGACCCCUCCUCUCAGGGCGCCCUUCAGCUCCCCUACGACCCAGAGAUGGAAGAGGACUCCUAUGACAGUUUUGGGGAGCCUUCGUACCCUGAAGUCUUUGAACCCCCGCUGCCUGGCUACCCGGGCGAGGAGCUGGAGGAAGAGGAGGAAAGGGGCGUGAAGCUGGGCCUCGGAGACUUCAUCUUCUACAGCGUGCUGGUGGGCAAGGCGGCGGCCACGGGCAGCGGGGACUGGAACACCACGCUGGCCUGCUUCGUGGCCAUCCUCAUCAGCUGUCGACAGGACGGGGAAGAUGAUGAGGUGCCCUGGUCACUGACUGCCUCCCGCCCCUGCUGCCCGGUCCACACCGGUGGUCACCCCUCCCCACCUCGUGUCCUGCAGGGUUUGUGUCUGACCCUCCUGCUGCUCGCGGUGUUCAAGAAAGCGCUACCCGCCCUUCCCAUCUCCAUCACGUUCGGCCUCAUCUUCUAUUUCUCCACCGACAACCUGGUGCGGCCUUUCAUGGACACGCUGGCCUCCCACCAGCUCUACAUCUGAAGGGCGCAUGGCCACCAGGGCCGGAAGCUGUAGGAAAUGGUCACUGGACGCAGUCGUGUAGUUGUACACUCUAGUGCCAUAUAUUCUUAAGACUUUCCUCUCCUCCAAACACAAAACACAAAUGAGGAUUAGAAAGUGUUGUGCUUACUGGCUGAAGAGGCAGAACCAGCUCUUCGGUGCCAGCUGUCUCUCAUCACCAGGCCGAGGCUCGCCCCCUUGUGAGCACUCGCUUCAGCGACAGGAAACGUGGGGAGUGGGGUCGGAGGAGCUGAGGAAGUCCCAAGAUGCCUGCCCUCGCCCCUCAGCCUGGAAGACGAGCCUGUGUUUGGGACCCGGAGCCCUGCCCAGGACCGCAUGUAGCGCCCGGUCACUCUGGCCGAAGGGGAAAAGCCAAUUUUCUCUGCAAGGAAUGUUCCCAAUGCCUUGUCUAUGAUGGCAGCAUUAUUUUAUUACCUUUAGAAACUGAGUCCUUGUUACAGCAGUUACUGCUGGGAAGUGUCUUAACAUGAGUAUCAAUAAAUAGAAGAAUCCUGUUGC